AUGAAAAGGCACAACACCACAUUACAAGUAUAUCUAUCAACAAACAAUCUUGCUUUUAAAGGAAGCAUUAAGAAAUUAUUCCAGCCCAAAAAUGGCAAUUUUUUGGGCCUUGUACAACUGCUGCGAAAAUUUGACACAGUGAUGAGUGAACGUCUCCGAAGAGUAACUGAAAAUGAAAUACAUGACCACUAUUUGGAACCAAGAAUUCAAAAUGAAUUGAUCAUGCUAAUGAGUGAUAAAGUGAGAGACAAAAUUGUUUCAUUGGUUACUUUGGCAAAAUAUUUUGCCGUAAUUCUAGAUUGCACUCCGGACAUAAGUCAUCAAGAACAGAUGUCAUUAGUAGUGAGAUUUGUCGAUAUUAGUGAUUCAGCACAGAUUACAGUUAGGGAAUCAUUUAUCACAUUUUUAGAAGUAGAGGUCACUACAGGUUUUGGACUUCUUCAAGCUUUCCUUGAUGAACUAAAACGAAUGGGAUUGUCCGUAACGAACAUUAGAGGACAAGGCUAUGAUAAUGGUGCCAAUAUGAGAGGAUGCAUUUCUGGCGUGCAAGCUAGAUUGCUGGCAGAAAAUCCACGAGCCUUUUUUGUUCCGUGUGCAUGCCACAGCCUUAAUUUGAUUUUGUGUGAUAUGGCCAAGUCUUCUGUAGAAGCUAUUUCAUUUUUUGGUUUGCUGCAACACAUUUACGUGCUCUUUUCAGCUUCCACUCAACGAUGACAAAUAUUCAAAGCACAUGUCAAUGAUAUUACCGUUAAGCCUCUAUCUGAGACACACUGGGAAAACGGAGUAGAAAGUACAAAAACAUUGAGAUAUCAACCUGAGGAAGAUUACGAAGCACUGGUUGCUAUUUCGGAAGAAGCCAGAGAUCCAAGUGAAGCACAGUCAUUGGCCUCUGAAAUAUCCAGCUUCAAGUUUCUAACAUCUGUUGUAAUCUGGUAUGACAUUCUUGUUAAAAUCUCAAGUGUAAGCAAAAUAAUGCAGAGUCCAAUGAUGCAGCUUGAUUCAACACUUACCUUACUAAACAACACAUGAGACUUUUUAGUGAAAUACAGAGAAAAUGGAUUCAAAGAAGCACAGAUUACAACAAGAGAGCUUGC